AUGACCUUAAUUGGACGAAAAGUUUUGGCAGUUAUUACUGGCGCAAGUCGUGGGAUUGGUCGAGAAACGGUACUGCAAUUGUCGAAAAUUGUUUCUGAAGGGUCAGCAUUUUUAAUUACUGCUAAAACAGCUACAAAACUUGAAAGAUUAAAAAAUGAAGUGAAGUCCAGCACGAAAGGAAUCGAUAUUUAUGUCCUGGUUUGCGAUGCAGAAAAAUUAAAUUCUGGCAUGAUUUCGGAAUUUCAAGAGGCUGUAUCAACUCUGACAGGAAAUUCAAGAACGUUUGAUGCGUUACUACUAAUGCACAAUGCGGGAACAGUUGGUGAUGUCACAAAACCAGGCUUAGAAAUUUGCAGUUCAGAUGACUGGCAUAACUACUUACAUAUUAACUUUGUUUCAGCAGUACUAAUAAAUAAUUCAGUGCUGAGGGCUGUUCCGAAGCAGGCAGUCUCAGUUCGCUACAUUUUGAAUGUAACGUCUUUGCUUGCUGUUAAAGCGUUUCCAUCAUUAGCUCAGUACUCAGUCGGCAAAGCUGCUCGUGAAGCCUUUUUUCGAGCACUGGCAGUUGAAGAACCAAAUUUGCGGAUUUUGCAGUAUUCACCUGGUCCAGUGCAAACUGAUAUGCAUGAUGAAUUAGCGCAAAAAUCAUAUGAUAAAGAUAUUCGUAAAACGCUUCAGACUCAAUCUAUGAGCUCAGAGAUUAAAAUGCGAACACUUUCACCCAGUGAAACAGUUAAAAAAAUGCUGGAAAUUUUGGAUAAAGAUGAAUUCGAAAAUGGUUCACGAUGCGAUUUCUUUGAUUCGUAA